GUUGGCCUUAGGCCUUCUCAAAUCUCUCUCUCACCCAUACCCUCCUUCCGCAGUCCGCACCAACCUGUCACAGAAACCCUAAACCUCGCAAACUGCGGCCAUGCCGAAGGUCUACGGCACCGGCGUCUUCGAGUUCCGGCACCCCCGCGCCGCCGAGUACCCGCUCCCCGCCGAAGUCUCCACCUCAGCGGCACCUGACAAGCCCCCCGCCUCCACUGGCGUCUCCAUCACACUCCUCGACAUCCAGCGCGACCGCCUCACCCGCGCUGCCGCGGAGCACUGGGGCUCGCCAGCAGCCGCCGCCGCCUUCGAUGCUGACCUCGUAAGGGAGAUCUACGCCACUGAGCUCCGUGUGGAGGGCCGCGGUCGCAAGACGGUCCCGCUUCACCGUGUCAUGAUCCUGGAGGUCAGCCAGUACCUCGAGAACUACCUUUGGCCGCACUUCGAUCCAGAUGACGCGUCCUUUGAGCACGUCAUGUCCAUGAUCCUCAUGGUGAACGAAAAGUUUCGAGAGAAUGUGGCGGUAUGGACAUCCUUCCAUGCACGGAAGGACGCGUUCAAAGGCUUCCUAUGGCGCGUUCUCAAGCUGAAGGAAGAGGAUAGGGAUGUUAGUAUGGCAGAGAAGACAAACUACCUCUUGUUUAUGAUAAACGCAUUUCAGAGUUUGGAGGAUGAAAUUGUCCGGGAAACUAUACUCCAGGUGGUAAGCUUAAAGUUGUGGCAUACUCUUUCUUUUGGACGACUUCAGAUGGAGCUUUGCCUUAAUCCUGAAUUGAUUAAGAAGUGGACAAAAAUUAAAAGAAAAGAAGCAAAGGAAGGAAAAAAGGCUGGGAAAACUGGUAAUUCUUCAGAAAUGCUUGAGAAUAAAUUCCUUAGGAACCUAAUGGAAGAAUUCCUGGAGGUUCUUGAUUCAAAGGUCAUAUUAUCUAGUCAAGAUGGUGGAGAAGAAUCUGUCUUUAAUGAAUCACUUAGUGGGCAGGUUGAUGAUUCUAGUGUCUUGUAUUGUGAAAGAUUCAUGGAAUUUCUGAUUGAUAUGUUGAGCCAGCUUCCUACGAGAAGAUUUCUAAGGCCACUUAUCGCUGAUGUUGCUGUUGUUGCCAAGUGCCACUUAAGCAUGCUUUAUGCUCAUGAAAAGGGGCGUCUUUUUGCACAAUUGGUGGACUUACUUCAGUUCUACGAAGGCUUUGAGAUUAAUGAUCAUUCUGGGACACAGCUUAGUGAUGAUGAUGUCUUGCAGGCUCACUAUUCUCGUUUCCAAGCUUUUCAGCUGCUAGCAUUCAAACAAGUGCCUAAGUUGCGAGACCUUGCCUUGUGUAAUAUUGGUUCAAUCCAUAAGCGUGCUGAUUUAACAAAGAAGCUGCUUGUCUUGUCAGAUAUGGAACUGCAAGAUCUGGUUUGCAAUAAGCUUAAAAUAAUUUCAGAGAAGGAUCCAUGGACUGAAAGGCGUGAUUUCCUUAUCGAGGUCCUAGUUGCUUUUUUCGAGAAGCGUCAAUCCCAGAAAGAUGCAGUUAAUGCACUUCCUCUUUAUCCAAAUGAACAGAUCAUGUGGGAUGAGAGCCUUGUUCCUAGCAUCAAUUAUUCUGGAGAAGGCUGUCUUGCCCUCCCAAAACUCAAUCUUCAAUUUCUGACACUUCAUGAUUAUUUGCUGAGGAAUUUUAAUCUCUUUCGUCUUGAAUCAACAUAUGAAAUUCGCGAAGAUAUUCAGGAAGCUGUUCCUCAUCUACAUGCUUACAUCAACAAUGAGGGGGACACUUCCUUUCGUGGAUGGUCCAGGAUGGCUGUUCCAAUCAAAGAAUUUAGGAUCACACAAGUGAAGCAACCAAACAUUGGAGAGGUUAAGCCUUCUGCUGUAACUGCUGAUGUUACUUUUAGCAUAUCAAGCUACAGACCACAGAUAAAAUCUGAGUGGGAUGCUCUGAAAGAGCAUGAUGUGUUAUUUUUGUUGUCAAUCUGCCCAUCUUUUGAACCUCUUAGCCCUGAGGAGGCUGCAAAAUCAACUGUGUCUGAAAGGUUAGGAUUGCAAUAUGUACGUGGUUGUGAGGUGAUUGAAAUCCGUGAUGAGGAAGGGGGACUCAUGAAUGACUAUACAGGAAGGGUAAAGAGGGAUGAGUGGAAAUCUCCAAAGGGUGAGAUUCGUACAGUUAAAAUUGCCUUAGAUACAGCACAGUAUCACAUUGAUGCUACUGAGUUAGCAGAGAAGGGUGCAGAAAAUGUUUAUGGGACAUUUAAUAUUAUAAUGAGAAGGAAACCCAAGGAAAAUAAUUUCAAAGCUAUCCUAGAAUCCAUACGUGAUCUAAUGAAUGAAACAUGUGUAGUUCCUGAAUGGUUGCAUAACAUAUUCUUGGGUUACGGAAAUCCUUCUGCCGCACAGUGGAUAAAUAUGCCUGAUCUUCUGGAAACUAUAGAUUUUAAGGACACUUUUCUUGAUGCUAGCCACGUUGUGCAAAGCUUUCCAGCUUUCCAGGUCACAUUCAUCAAUACUGAUGGUACAGAAAACAUGCAUCCAAGCCCUCCCUUUAGGAUCAAGUUGUCCAAGAAAAUGAGGGAAAUAAGUCAUGCUCUACCCGGCAAUGUAAAUGCCUCUGAUACUGCAAGCAAGAACAACAUGGUUAAUGAUGAAGGGUCUCAGAAAGAAAAACUAAGGGUGGAGACUUACAUUCCUGCUGACCCAGUGCCAUAUCCUCAAGAUAAACCUAACCAGAACUCAGUGAGGUUUACACCCACUCAGGUCGGCGCUAUAAUAUCUGGUAUUCAACCUGGGUUGACGAUGGUUGUUGGUCCUCCUGGAACGGGGAAAACAGAUACAGCUGUGCAGAUAUUAAAUGUUCUAUAUCAUAACUGUCCUUCACAAAGAACACUUAUUAUAACCCAUUCGAAUCAAGCUUUGAAUGAUUUGUUCGAGAAGAUAAUGCAGAGGGAUGUGCCUGCUAGGUACCUUCUUCGUCUUGGUCAGGGUGAGCAAGAACUGGCAACUGAUCUUGAUUUUAGCCGUCAAGGUCGUGUAAAUGCUAUGCUGGUUCGGCGACUAGAGCUGCUUGGUGAAGUUGCAAAACUGGCAAGAUCCCUUCAUCUUCCUGAAGAUGUGAGCUACACAUGUGAAAAUGCUGCAUAUUUUUGGUUAUUACAUGUUUAUGCCCGCUGGGAACAAUUCUUGGCCGCCUGUGUGCCAAAUAAGGAGAAUCCCUCUUUUGUUAAAGACCGUUUUCCAUUUUCUGAGUUCUUUUUGGAUACCCCACAGCCUGUGUUUACUGGUGAGUCCUUUGAGAAAGAUAUGCAUGCAGCCAAAGGAUGUUUCAAACAUCUUUCUACGAUAUUCCAAGAGCUGGAAGAGUGCAGGGCUUUUGAGUUACUGAAGUCAACAGCUGAGCGAGCAAACUAUCUAAUGACUAAACAAGCUAAGAUUGUUGCCAUGACUUGUACUCAUGCAGCAUUGAAGAGAAGAGACUUUCUUCAAUUGGGUUUCAAAUAUGACAAUUUACUGAUGGAAGAAAGUGCACAGAUAUUGGAGAUAGAGACUUUUAUACCAACUCUCCUGCAACGGCAGGAAGAUGGCUAUGCUCGUCUCAAACGCUGCAUCUUAAUUGGUGAUCACCAUCAGUUACCCCCUGUCGUGAAGAACAUGGCUUUUCAGAAGUACAGCCACAUGGACCAGAGUCUCUUCACAAGGUUUGUUCGCCUUGGUGUCCCUUAUAUUGAACUCAAUGCUCAGGGUCGUGCCAGACCUAGUAUUGCUCAGCUUUAUAAUUGGAGAUACAGAGAACUGGGAGAUCUGCCUUAUGUACAUGAGGAAGCUAUAUUCCAUAAAGCUAAUUCUGGGUUCUCUUAUGAGUAUCAGCUGGUUGAUGUUCCUGAUUAUCGUGGCAGAGGCGAGUCUGCUCCUUCUCCUUGGUUCUACCAGAAUGAAGGGGAGGCUGAGUAUAUUGUUAGUGUCUAUAUUUACAUGCGUCUGAUUGGAUACCCUGCCAAUAAGAUUUCAAUAUUAACCACUUACAAUGGUCAGAAGCUUCUUAUUCGUGAUGUUAUCAGCAGACGAUGCAAGCCAUGGAAUAUUGAGCCACCUUGCAAGGUUACUACGGUGGACAAAUUCCAGGGUCAACAAAAUGAUUUUAUUUUAUUGUCUCUUGUCCGGACCCGAUUUGUGGGUCAUCUUCGUGAUGUCAGAAGGCUUAUUGUGGCAAUGUCCCGUGCUCGUUUGGGUUUGUAUGUGUUCUGCCGCCGUUCUCUGUUUGAACAGUGCUAUGAACUGCAGCCAACAUUCCAGCUUCUACUCCAAAGGCCCGAUAAGCUUGCCUUGAAUCUUGAAGAGUGCACUCCGUCUACAGAGCGACCUUUGGGAGAAGCUGGAAAUAUUCAUUAUAUUACUGAUGUUGAAGAUAUUGGACACUUGGUGAACUUCAGACUGGAACAUCUUCGCCAGAUGCAAUCCAUGCAAUAUUAUGCACCCCAUGCAAAUGCUGAUGCAGCCCCUCCUGAAACUGGCAAUGGUGAUAUUGUUUUGGAUAAUGCGAAGGAUGGCACAGAGAAAGAAAAUGGUGAGGCAACUGAUGCUGUGAACAAUGAUAAGAUGGAGGAAGAUACUGUUGAGUCAAAAGAUGAUAUGGUGCAGGAAGUAAACAAGAUGGAUGAAGGUAAUGUGACUAUAGAAGACAAGAUGGGGGAAGAAAGUGCUGAUGAGGCUAAGGACAAGAUGGUGGAAACUACUGCUGAAGUGGCUAUUGAGAACAACAUAGUGGAAGUAAAUGCCAGUGUGGCCAAGGACAAGAUGGACGAAGAAAAUGCCGUGUCAAAGGGCGUGGAGCAAGAUUGACCUGAUAUAAUCGUUGGCUGGUUGGAACAGUGACCCUACCUUCAUUUUUAUGCAUGGACUUUGUCUGCUUCAAAUAUUUGAUUUGGGCAACUGGGUGGUGUUGUCUCACAGGGUAACAACGGAAGUUGCUAAAGGCCGAACGAAGGCAUGCAAAAACGUAUGGUCCUGUCAAAAGAACAUGCCUCCAUAUGCCACCUGUUUGAACCUUGAUCAGGUUAUAUGCAGGAGGCAUGUACUACAAGCUUCUGCAAUGAUAACUUCUCCAAUUCGAACAUAAUAUUUCAGAGGACAGCUGGAACAUUGGUGUUGUGCAAUUUUUGUGCAUUAGAUUUAUGUAUUGUAAUUUGAGCGAUAAUGUUAGUACGUAUAAGUCACUCAAGGCGUGGAAAUAGACAAGCUUGAACCCGACUUUUAUAACUACCCAGUUAUGAGGCAACGUUUGAUCA